ACAUCAUUUAGACAGUUAAUCUCAUGCAAUAAAUCACACCUGAGUUUAUUAUGUUAUGCUUAGUUACAUAAGAGGAUUACAAAAAUGCUCGCGCAAUUAAAUAGGCUGUGUAAGACAAUUAGGAACCAAUAUUUGAAAUAAUUUGCACCACCAUUAAAGAAGUCCUAAAAUGGGACAAUAAUCGAAACGUACAUGCUCCAUUAGCCAGGUUAUUAGCAUUGAGAUUGAGUAAGGAUCUAAUUGAUAUUUCCAAUAUGAGAUUUAUAAAUAAAUUUGAAGAUAUCACAUUAGAUUCCUUAAGAUUUUAUGCAGAGUUUGGGGGUCCUCUUAAUGACCAAAAUAGGGGAUUCAAUUUAUUUGGAGAAAAUCUGGAAAAGGAUACCAGAUCAUAUGGAACAUCAUUAGUUAGGCUAGCCAUGGAAUGUAUAAAGGCAUGGGCUCUGUUUUUUCCUUAAUAUCCUUAAGGAGGACCAACUAAAUUCAUUCAAUUAUAUAUGGAUUUAGAAAGAAAGGGAUAUAAAUUCAUAAAUUGGACUUACUAUAAGCCAGAAUUUAUUAAUUAGCAUACAAGUCCAGAUUUUCCUCGCACAGUAGAUCUUCUAAAAUCAAAUGGUGGAAAUGGUCAAAAUGUUGUUAACACAGGCGGGAUUUAACCAAUGAAAUAAGCAUCUUCUAAUCAGCCACCCUAAACUUAAUAACUUGGAAACAUUCAAAAUUAAACUCCAGGUUAAGCUACUCCAGGUAAUCCAAAAGUUGGUAUUGUGAAAAAAUCAUCUCUUGUUAUUGAUAGAUGCAGAAAAUUGAUAGAUGAAGUUGGAGAUAUAUGUUCGCAUAAUUUACUUUGCGAUCCCUAACUGUUUCAUGAUUUAAGGAGUGAAGUUAUGGCUAAAACCUAGGAAAUGGAUAUAAUGGUUAAUGAACUUAUAGACUAUGAUGAGGAGGACUUGGCAGGCGAAGUCAUGUUGGAGAUGGAUAAUUUGUAAACCUUGGAAAAAGACUUGGGUUCUCUUAAUAUAUAGACUAAUGCAGAGUUCAGAAAGAAAUACAUGAAAAAUAAACCCGAUUAUGCGGCAUAAAAAAAAAUAAUAGAAGAUGAAAAGGAAAGAUAGAGAUUAUUAGAUUAGGCAAAAUAACAAUAAUUAAUAAUAGAUGAGCAAUAAAAAGUUAUUGAAAAUGACAGGAAGGAACAAGAAAGACUAAGAAAAUUAAAGGAAGAGUCAGAGCGUUUAGAGGAAGAGAGAAAAAAAAAAGAGGAGUAACAGCGUUAAGAGGAAGAGAGAAAAAAAAAAGAGGAGUAGGAUCGUUAAAAUGAAGAGAGAAAAAGAAAAGAGGAGUAAGAUCGUUAAAAUGAAGAGAAAAGAAGAAAGGAAUAAGAAGAUUAAAGAUUAUAAGAAGAAGAGAAGAAAAACCGAGAGCUAAAAAAACGAUAGGAAGAUGAGGCGAGGGAGAAAAAAAGAAUUUAGGAUUUAGAGGAGCAAAAGAAAUUGAAAUAAAUCUAGGAGGAGGAAGAGAGGUAAAAAAAGUUGCAAUAAUAAGAGGAAGAUCAAAAAAAAUAAAGAGAAUAAGAAGAAGAAUAAAAGAGAAUUCAUUAAGAACAAAAUUAACAAAAACAAUAGUAACAAAUCGUAUUGGAUAACAGUGACAGCAAAAAAGCUCAAGAAUUAAUUGGAGCUACCAAAAUUUAGAAUUCUUCAAUCUCUUAAGGAGAAUAAAUAUUUAUCACUAAUUAAUUUUAACCUCCAGUUGAUCAAUCUAAAGUUCAAAUGAAAAAUUUAAAACCUAUCAGUCAAUCUAGUUUGGGAUUGAAACCUCAGCCGUAAUACCAAAAAAUAAAAGGUGAUGUAAGUGGAGCCCCUGAUUUGAUAUAAGAAAAUCAUCAAUAGAUUAACUAGUUUGAUAUGAAAUAAUUGGAAAUCUUAUAGCAAUAAGUGGAAAAUUUACAAAGAGAUAAGGGAUAAUUACAAAAACAAUUAGAAGAUGAAGAAAACAGAAAUAAAAAGUUGAAGGAAGAUGUGUAUUCAUUAAAUGGAGGUGGUAAUAGAAUAUAAGAAGACUUAAGAAGUCUGCAAACAAAAUUUGAUUAACUUUAAUAAGAAAAAGUAUUAAUUUAGAAUCAACUUUAACAAAAUCAAUAACAAUUUAAUGAAUAUAAAUUGAAUUCUGAAAGGUUGAAACAAUAACAAAAAGAUUAAAAUGAUUUAGAGCUAAAUAAUUAUAAAAUAGAAAGACAACAUUUAUUUUCAGAAAAAUAAGCAUUAAUAAGAUAAUUAGAGUAAAACAAGGCUUAAUAAGCCAAUCAUGGUGAGAUUUAAGAUAAAUAAUUUCAAAAUGAGUAGUUGAUAGCCUAACAGAAAAGAGAAAUAGAAACCUUAAAAUUAGAUAAAGAAAUUCUGUAAAAAAGUCUGUAAAAAGAAAUUGAUUUAAGCAAAAUCAAGCUUAAUGAUUAAUAAACCUUUUCAGAUACUCUGAAUAAUUAAUUAAAUCUUUAUAAGACUUAAUUGGAAAAAAGCUAAAAGGAUUAUUUAAUCCUAUAGGAAAGUUAAAAGAAGUCUAAUGAUGAACUUUUGUAAUAAGUAUUUGAGGCUAGAAAGGAAAAUUUAAGUACCAAACAAUAGUUAAACUCAAUUUAAUUAUAACUUAGUGAUAAAGAAGCAGAAUAAAAACAAUUAUAAUAAAGUUAUUAAGCUGCUUAAAAAGAAAAUUAACAACUAAAGAGAAAUCUAGAGGCUGCUUAAUAAUAAAUUGAUCAAUUUAUCCAAAAGAAUAUGGACAAUAGAAGUUCAACUCUUUUACAAUAAAAAUUGCAAUAGAAAUUAGAUGAGAUUGAUAAGUUAAAGGAAGAUCAUAAAAUUGCUUUGAAAGAGAAAGAUGAAUAUUAUAAAUAAAGAAUAGACGAUCUUACCUAGGAUAGAUAAAAAUUGUAAAAAGAUGUCUUUGAAUUGCAAUAAUAGGCAUAAUAGAAUCAGUUGGCCGCUAUUGAGGCAAUCUAAAAAUAGGCUUAGCUAUAAUUAAAGAUUCCUUCAAAGAAUCAUACAAAAUCUUAAGUUUCUGAACUAGAAUCUAUUUAACAAUAAUAAAUCAAUUAGCAAAUAGAGAUCUCUGAAGUUAAAGCAAAUGCAAAUCAUUCAAUAAAAGAAGUGAAUGCAGGCCUUGAUAAUAAUCCGAUCGUGUAAAUUUAGUGUCCCAUAGCUGUGUUCAAGCAUUUUCCAAAAAAUAGAAAAUUCUAUCCUGAAUAAGUACCUUAAAAGCCAAAAAAUAUUAAUCCUGAAAGUUUAGACCUAAUAUUCCCUUACAGCAGUCCUGAAGAUUACUUUAAUAACAAACCAUAGAAAUCAAGAAAAGGUAAGGUGAUUUAAUAGAAUUAAAAUUUUGAUGAUAUUUCUCAUUUGAACAGAGAUAAUGUGACCUUUUUCAAACAGCGAUGUUUAGGAUCUUAAGGCAUUUUGUAUGAAGAUUAUGGGAUACAGUUUGGAUUAUUGUAUUAAACUCAAGUUGCAUAGAAUAAAACAUAUUUUACAUAUGGAUUAUAUGUAUCAAAUAGUUAGGGAGCUAAACAGGAUUUCACGGUGUAAUUUUUGGAAGUUGAAAAAUUCUAACAAUUUUGGGCGUCCCCCUUAGAAUUUUCAAAAACUUUAGAUGAAGAUUCUAACGAGUUAAUAGAGAUAUUGAUUGGAUCGAAUAAGAUUCCUUAUUAAAUUUUGACAUUGUAAAUUUCUCACUUUGAGACCCAUCCAUUCUAAAUUUACAUUCCAAAUCACAUCUGCUAAUAGAUAAUUUAUAGAGAAAUCAAGGUGAGUGAAUUUAAGAAUAAAUGGAAAUCGCAGAUAUCUAAUUAAAUUCGAACACCAUUGCUUAAUUUAAAUAAAGGAGUGAUGAAAGAUAUUUAUAACUUCUAAAAGUAAAUGCCAAAAACAAUAAUUUUAAAUAACAACAAAAUUAAUGAUUUUGAAAUGGGAAUAGAUGAAAUAAAAUUGGGAGGUUUAGGAUAUGUUUUAGACAUUUCAUUUUUAAUAAAGUUUGAAAUUUUACCAAAUGAUAAAAUCUGCAUUUAUCUAUCUUUUGAAUCUAAAUUCACCACAAAAAGACAGAUACUUGAACAAAUAUUAAAUGGAUAUGCAUUUAUAUUAGGAGAUGGCAAAAGCUUAUGA